UGAACCAUUUAUUCGGAUUGCCAGAUCCUAUCAAGACCCUCCGUCUCGUCUCAUCCUGGCGGAUAUUCCCCAUAAUCAUCACAGCCAUCCUCACACAAGCCCUAACCCUCGUAUCCAUCCUGGCACCCAACGCUCUCGAAGUCGGCUCAGCUUCUCCGCGAAACGACAUCAUCUCCGUUCCGACUAUAUCCUUCGACAAUGGGGAUGGCUGAACAACAGAUUCGAUGACUACCUGUACGUAUACAGUCACAAUAGCCUGGGAACGAGUCCUUUCGCGCUCGUUCCAGUCAGACACGCUCAUCGGAUGGAAUGCGCCUGGAGGGUGUGGGAGCGCGUGCAACUAUACGAUCGAGUACGUUGCUCCGGCUCUACAAUGCUCGGAUAUUAGUCAAGACGAGAUCCUUGACGACGGUGAUGGGUCUUCGGGCCCGUCUAACCCUUCUGCAGUCCUUCAGAGUAAAUACAACACCACGGAUACCCCAGUGUACAACGCCUCGUCCCAGAUUGACGUUAAUGGGUGGAAUCUCACCAUUGCAUGGCGGACGUAUCAUGAUUCUAAGGGUGGCAUUGUUGAGGGUGUUAGCUGUUCUCUCUAUAACACUACCCAACAAGCAAUAGUGUCCUUUAUAAACAACACAGCGACAAUCUCUCCGAGCGUUAUUUCCUACGACGAGCCUUUCUCUUCCAGCCAUCAAAUUAUAGAUUGCGAAGCAAGUGAGAACAGUGCUACCCCUCCUACCAGUCGACUCUUCGCUGGAGCGAGCUACAUCGUCAUGAUGGACUGGCUCUGUGACCAGCUAGACGGCGAAAUAUUAUUCCUGAACGUCGGUGAUAAGCAAUGGUCCUCUGAGUCGAAGGUGUUGACGAGUAACUUGUUCUCGAUGAACGAGACGGCACAGACAUUCAGUCCAAACGUUCCGAAUAUGGCACGCGCGCUGGAGGAAAUCCUGGUAAACGCGACGAUUGCACUGAUAAGUUCCAGGGAGGACACGAUGAUGGCGGAAGCGUCAGUGGCGCAAAAUCAGCUCGUGUGGGUGUAUCACUGGCAGAGGCUGUGGAUCGUUUACGCCGUCGCACUGGUAUGCACGGCUGCUUGUGGUGUAGCAGGGUUGGCGUGUAUGGUGAAGAAUAAAGAGAUUGGGGAUUUAAGCUUCACGGCGAUCGCCAGGGCGACUAGGAACGAGGAUUUGGAUUGCGUUUUCGGAGCUGGAGCUGAUAAAGACGAGAUGGAUGACGCGAUUUUGCAGUAUGGAUUGGAGAAGAAGGACGGACUGGGUCGAUUUCGCGUAUUCCAACUGGCAAAAGAGCAGCAGCGCACAUGAAUGAAGGCGAGAAGGGCUUGUAAUAUCAAUCGGUGAUGUGUUCACGUCACUGCUGUAAUAGAGAACGUAAAUUUGACUGACAGGAAAGGAAACCAGCCCUCAAAGAUUCUCUAAACAGCAAUGACUUAUUUCCCUGUAUGAAAGGGAGUGCACUGGAGAACCGGCUGGCCUCGACAGGGCGGUCUUCGGCGGUAUCUGGCGAAAGUUUCCAAAGUUCGCCUUCACUCGCGUUCCCAGAAUAGACUGACGC